AUGUCAAAACUGUGUGGUUUGAACGUAGUUCAGCUACGAGAAAAACUAGAGAAACGAAGCCUUGUCACAAGUGGCAACAAAGAAGUACUAGUAGCACGUCUGAGAGAAGCUCUGAUUGACGAAGGUAAGAACCCAGACGAAUUCAAGUUUGAUGGUGCUGAGGAAGACAAUGAAAUUAGCACAGGCACGUUUACAACCGCUAAAAUGAUGGAACUUCUGCUUAGUAUGUCAACUGAAACAAAACAACAGUCCGAACGACAGACAGAGGAGUUAAAACAGAUCAAAGAACAGUCCGAACGACAGUCCGAACGACAGACAGAAGAGUUAAAACAACAGAUCAAGGAAUUCUAUGAAACCGAUACGACAAGUACAACGACGUCUUCCUCUAGCAAAACAAACAGAAGUAAACGAAAUGAUAACGACAAUGCAGAAUCAAGGCGUCAUCGAACCGUCAUCAAGUCCCUGGAUUUCGCCAGUUGUUUUGGUAAAGAAGAAGGACGGCACUACCCGUUUUUGCGUUGA